UCAUUUAAAAAAUAAAUCAAUUAAACCACUUUCUGACAAAGAACUACUUUCACAAGCUUUCAGUUUUCGCCUAGAAAAUAAAGCUAGAGAACUAGAAAAAGAGUUAUCAAUAACCAAAGAAGAAUUAAAAAUUGAAAGAGAAGAAAUAGCUAAGUUUCAGGAAAAAUCUGAAGAGUGA